CCUCCUCCAGCCCCUAGUGACGAGUUUACAGGAAGCAAAACAGUGACUGGGCGACAGUGGGUGGGAUUGGUUUACGGAACCGUGGUUGGGAUGGAACUAAAAAAAGGUUGGAGAGUCGUCACGCUUCUAUGGAGGAAGACACGAGGCUACAAGUGAAACGGAGAAAACAGGCAGCCGGUAGAAACUAAAACGGAUCAGUGCUUCCCCCCCCUCAGGUGUAUCCGGUUUGAAAGCGCCGCCCAAUCGUCUGUCACGCUUUUGCAGCUGCCGGAUUUCAACCAGCUAGCGUCGCACUUUGCCCCGCCCCCCUGUUUGGAGCCUCAGCAAAAUAAACAGCUAUCGGCUAAUCUUCCAGCUCCAGUGCCGGAGUGAGGAUGCUGCUGCUCCGGAGGGGGACCGUGUCUCUGCGGCGGUCCGCUGCCGCUUCGCUUGCGGCGGCUCGGUGCGCCUCCUCGGGCUCAGUGGGAGUCACAGUCCCGCUGAACUUCUGGGACGGGGAGAGGAGGGCAAGUCAGGGGAAAUACACCAAGGACAGUGUGUACGAGCCUGCAACAGGGCGAGUCCUGUGCCAUUUGGAGCCGUGUGGCGCUGUGGAUGUCGAUCAGGCUGUGAAAUCUGCCAUGUUGGCUUUUGGCCAUUGGAGCAAAAUGUCUGGGAUGGACAGGGCGAGGAUCAUGAUAGAAGCAGCCCAUAUAAUUGAGAGCAGGAGAGAGGAGCUGGCUGAAAUGGAGGUGGUCAACAAUGGGAAGUCCAUCACAGAGGCCCGUCUGGAUGUGGACUCUGCCAGACUGUGUAUAGAGUACUACGCAGGGCUGGCCAGCACUCUGGCAGGUCAACAUGUGCAGUUAGCUGGAGGAUCCUUUGCCUACACCCGCAGGGAGCCUUUAGGAGUCUGUGCUGGCAUUGGUGCUUGGAAUUAUCCUUUUCAAAUAGCUGCCUGGAAAUCAGCUCCAGCCCUGGCCUGUGGUAACUCCAUGGUGUUCAAGCCAUCACCGGUGACACCUGUGACAGCCGUCAUGCUAGCAGAGGUCUAUGCUAAGGCUGGAGCUCCAGAGGGACUGUUCAACGUGGUGCAGGGCGGCCAGGAGACCGGCAGCUUCCUAUGCCUCCACCCUGAUGUGGCGAAGGUGUCCUUUACUGGGAGUGUGCCCACAGGCAAGAAGAUCAUGGAGAUGGCAUCUAAGGGAGUGAAACCAGUGACUCUGGAGCUUGGGGGGAAAUCUCCUCUGCUCAUAUUCCCGGAUAGUGAUCUGGAGAACGCUGUGAGGGGAGCUCUCAUGGCCAAUUUCCUGUCUCAAGGCCAGGUCUGCAGCAACGGUACAAGGGUGUUUGUUCACAAGGAUAUUCUGCCUGAGUUUGUGGAGGAGGUGGUGAAGAGGACCAAGGCGAUCGAGAUAGGGGACCCACUGUUGGAGACCACCCGAAUGGGAGCACUGGUCAGCCGGCCACAUCUAGAAAAAGUCCUAUCCUUUGUGGACCAGGCGAAGAAAGAGGGAGCCACACUGUUGUGCGGAGGUGAAGUUUUUGUCCCAUCAGACCCCAAACUCAAAGGUGGAUACUACAUGACUCCAUGUGUGUUGGGUGACUGCACAGAUGAGAUGACCUGUGUGAAGGAGGAGAUUUUUGGUCCCGUCAUGUCCGUGUUGUCUUUUGAAACGGAAGAGGAAGUGCUGCAGAGAGCCAACAACACCACCUUGGGUCUGGCUGCAGGAGUUUUCACCAGGGAUGUGAUGCGAGCCCAUCGUGUUGUCGAACACCUCAAAGCUGGUUCCUGUUUCAUCAACAACUACAACAUCACUCCUGUCCAGGUGCCCUUCGGAGGCUUCAAAAUGUCAGGCAUAGGGCGGGAGAAUGGCCAGGUGACCAUAGAGUACUACUCCCAGCUAAAGUCGGUGUUUGUGGAAAUGGGCGACGUGGACAGUCUCUUCUAGUUUACACACACACACACGGAGGAGGAUUGAAGAACUGGAGCAGAUGGUCUGGACCAGGACAUCUCAUCCAUCACUCAGGGAAAAAACACAUCAGUGAUCACAAGUGAUUAGAAGCUAGUUUUGAUCCACGGGGCUCCAGUUGUCCGCCUUGAAUGUUGAGCCAUGUUUGUCAGUAUUUUGUGAGUUGGAGGAAAAUGUGACAAGGCUCAAGGUGAUCUGAGACAAAAAAACUGUGGUAACUAAGUAGAAUAAUACGAAUGUGACACGAGCUGGAAAAAUGUAUUAAUUGAAAAGGAACAUUACUGUCUGUGCCAAAUUAAUCUAAUUAGAGACAGUUUUAUACUUAAUGACCACUAAUUUCUUUUAGCUACUUCAGCAUAUAUGAGCUGCAUUUUGUGUCAUAUAAAUUGCACUGCAGCAGUUCUGCCUCGCUCAGUACUUUCUUGAGACUUAAAUUUCAAAUACAUUUUACAGUUUUAUACACAAACCGAAGUUUACAACCAAGUUUUAUUUCUUGAACUACAUCAAUAUAUCUUUAUACACACAGUACUAAAAUAAUGAAAAGCACUUUUGAACAUUGUGUUGAUUUAAAUCAUAGAGAUGUAUUUUUCUUGUAGAACUGUUACGCUACAGUGUCGUUUGGAUCAGAACUGUGAAAGGAACAUUUUGCUUUUGAGGACAAAUGACAGAAAGGACCUGUUUAACUCAUAUCAAAUCAUAUAAAUUGUGACGUGAACACCGUCUGUAAAUAACAAUAAAAUAUAAUAGUUCAAACAUG